AUGCCACCAGCCAUGCACCUUUGCGCACCUUCCCUUCCUGCCACGCCCCACAUGUGCCGUGUUUGGCACCAUCCUGGGCUGCGUCGGUUGGGACCUUCCAAGCGUUCCAAGCUGCGGGCGGAGACUGGUGGCCGCGUGGCGGGGCCCAGGAGCCGAGGACGUGGCGCCAACCCCAUGGACUGGACGAAGGAGAGUCGCCUGGCGCGCUGGCGCCGCCGCGCGGCAGCCACAGGGCUGGCGCUGCUGGUGUUGCUGGGGGCCGUGGGGGGAACGAUGUCAGGGCACAAGGCCAAGAUGCUGCAGAAUCGGAUGGAAUCGGGGCAGAUUGAAUAUGUCUACAAAAGCGACACGGCCUUCAGACAAGCUGAGCGCAUGGUGAGGUCGCAAGGGGCAACCAUCUUGAACCAUCGCUUGUCCUCACCCAGUGAGGUACCUUCUCCCUGGGCCAGCAGAAGUUGGGUUUCAGAUACUGCAGGUGUAUUGAGCCCAACAGCAAUAAGGCAAAUCAAUGCACUGGCCACUGACAUUCAACGGAAGACCGGUGCCGAGGUGGUGGUGGUGACCCUCCCCGGCGUUCGAGGGGCCGAGAAGGACCGGCGCGAGGUGAAGCGCUUCGCCACGCGACUCUUCAACUCCUGGGGCCUCGGGGAUCGACGGAAAAACAACGGCGUGCUGCUGCUGGUCUCCACCGGGGAUCGCCAGGUGGAAGUGGAGAUUGGAAGAGGCUUGAAUCAGGUCUUCAAUCGUGAGGAAUGGCUGCAACAUAUGAUCCGUGGGAGAAUGACACCAUGCCUCCGCCAAAAUCGCUACAGCGAGGGUAUCACCGAAGGAGUUGCGGCGUGCUGCCAGAAGCUUUCAGAAAGUGACAGGGAAGUCUCCUCGCCCCAAAGUUGGCGUCACCGUGCCACGGCGCUGUGGACCGGUAGCGCGUUGAGCACUUUGGGCCUCGCCGCGUUGCUGGGCCACGGCCGUGCGCGGCGCCCCCCGCGCUGCGGCUGUGGGGCGCGGAUGGGGCGGCUGCGGCCGGCAGAAAUGCAGGAAUUGGAGGAGGGGCAGCAGGCGGAAAUGCAGCUGGGCUCGGUGAAACACAUCCUGUGCGGCUGUGGUCGUCCUGGCUGUCAGAAACUUUGGGCCUCACCAGGAGUUCGCACCUUUGACGGCCCACAGCGGCUGGGUGGCGCCGUGCGUCGCAGCCGGGAGGUGAUCCUGACACCGUCAGAGGUGCAGGAAGCCGCACGCGACAGGAAGGCUUUGGGCAUCCUCUCGGAGUUGCAGCUCUUCUCUCGCUUCCAGGCGUGUCAAGCCUGCGGCUACCGAACCGCCAUGACCCGCACUACCCUGCUGCAGCCGCCCACACAGUGGAGUACUGGCUACCGGGAGCGCUGCACGGAGUGCUUCUUCUGCCUGGCAGAAUUCACCGAUUGGGAGAUUUUGCCAAUGAUUCCACAGCCUCGCAGCUCCAGUGACGGCUUUGGUGGUGACUCCUCUGGUGGUGGAAGUGGUGAUGACUUUUAG